AUGACGAAGAAGAAGAAGGAGAGGGCGCUGUCAACGCCUACAGCGCCACUUUCUCCCCUGGCGGCCAGUUUCCCGCCCGUUAACGUUGCACCGCGGCCUCUUGCAACACGCCCUUCGACGCAAGAUCCUCCUCCGGAUCAGCCGCCGCUCUCUCGCCGCAGGAAACUUUUUGUCGAAGAUAAUCAGCGGCGUUUUCGUCGACGCCCGAGAGCGGUUAAAGCGGCGCCUCCGUCGGCGACUCCGGGACAUCGCGCCGCCACGGAGGAGGAUCGCCUUACUCCUUCACGCUCUCAAGCAGAGCACCGCAGGCUCCCAUGCCUUACAGACUUCCUCACAUCUCCCUCACACCCUCAUAGCCUUACUCAUUAUUACUCCCUCACACCCCCAUACAGAGCUUCGCUACCAUGCACUGACAGAGCAUCACGAACUCCCUCACACCCUUACAGAGCCUCACAGACUCCCUCACGCCCUCACAGACUCCCUCACACAAUCACAGAGCCUCACAGACUCCCGCACACCCUAACAGAGCCUCACAGACUCCCUCACACAAUCACAGAGCCUCACAGACUCCCUCACACAAUCACAGAGCCUCACCCUCCCUCACACCCUCACAGACUCCCAUGCACCCUCAAAGAGCCUCAUUCUCUCCCUCACACCCUCACAGAGCCUCACAGACUCCCUCACACCCUCACAGCUCCUCACAGACUCCCUCAUACCCUCACGGAGCCUCAUAGACUCCCACGCACUCUCAUAGAGCCUCACAGACUCCCUCACACAAUUACAGAACCUCACAGACUCCCUCACAUCCUCACAGAGCCUCACAGACUCCCUCACGCCCUCACAGACUACCUCACACAAUCACAGAACUCCCGCACAGAGCCUCACAGACUCCCUCACACCCUCACAGACUCCCGCAGAGCCUCACAGAGCCUCACAGACUCCCUCACACCCUCACAGAGCCUCACAGACUCCCUCACACCCUCACAGAGCCUCACAGACUCCCUCACACCCUCACAGCGGGCCGGGCUCUCUCCUCCGACCUGCAUGCCUUGCCGCGCCUCACCGGAGUGCCAGAGUGGAAGCCCUGAUGCUAAAAGCCAGUGGAAGCCUCCAGUCCUUUCACAUGUCUUGGGCCUAAGUGAAGCAAAGGACCUUCAAAGGAUAGGUUUUCGAGAGCCCGAGAGGAAAACGCUUCGAUCUUCCUGA